GUGUUCAUGGCACAGAAGAGAAAUAGGGUUUUUGUUUACAAACAAUAUGGCUUUAAUAAUGAAUACAUUUAUCUGUGAUUUAUAUUUAUUGAUGUAUUUCUGUAAUGAUCGAUAUACUAUGAAAGGAUGAAUCUUUCCUUUGCAGGUUGUGGUUUUCACGGCAUAUAUCAUUUCGGUGUGAUAUCGUGCCUACAACGUCAUGGUAAAAAUAUUAUGAAAGAUAUACGCGGCUAUGGCGGUGCUUCUGCUGGUUCCCUAGUAGCCGCAUUGCUGGCAACAUCUACACCUCUUGAACAUGACCUUCAAUUUUCCACGGAACUGGCUACCAAGGUCCGCAGGUAUUUUUUGGGUGCAUUGAAUCCAUCAUUUAACCUGAUGCAACAUCUUGAUGAUGGCUUGCAGAGAUUCCUACCACAGGACGCACACAAACGUGCUAAUGGGAAGCUAUACGUUUCCGUUUCAAGAUUUCCUCAGUGUGAAAAUUCUAUUGUGUCGCAAUUUGCGUCGCGGGAUGACCUUAUACAGGUAAAUAUGACAGUUCCAGGCCAAUCUACUGUAUUGGGUGCAGUGGUGGAAGCUAGCCAUCGCAACUAGUCAUGCUAUGCUAUCCAAAUAGGGUGAAGACAGUACAUUUCUAAAGGUUUGAAUAAUGCAAAACAUUAAAAAUGUGCAUAGCAUGACCUGUUGCUAUGACUACCUACACGGCUGAUUGAGUGGCUAAGUGCAUGUAUUCUGUGUGGAACCAGGACACAUUCAACAGCUAGUAUAUUAUAUUCAUAAGUAUGUUUAUUGGUAUUCAUAAGUAUAUAUAUAUAUAUAUAUAUAUAUAUAUAUAUAUAUAUAUAUAUAUAUAUAUAUAUAUAUAUAUAUAUAUAUAUAUAUAUAUAUAUAUAUAUAUAUAUAUAUAUAUAUAUAUAUAUAUAUAUAUAUAUAGAGAGAGAGAGAGAGAGAGAGAGAGAGAGAUAUAUAUAUAGAGAGAUAUAGAUAUAGAUAUAGAUAUAGAUAGAUAUAGAUAUAGUCAUUCACCGUAUAUGAGCUGUUCUGCAAUCUGAUUGGUUGAAUUACUCGCCGUAUAUCAGCUCAUAUACGGCAAGUAGUGAAAAAGUAGUGAAAAACAAGAUGGCUGCCGAAAAACUACAUGAGUUUUGCGAAGCAGGAAAAAGGAAAAUAUUCACUUUGAGAAAGAUAAUAAUACAAGGAAAAACUCAUUUAAUUUUCAAAAAACAGCAAUUGAAGAAUUACUAGAUGCGAACCAAAAAUAAUUACUGCAACUUUCCAUGUUUAUCAUGUUGCACCCUUCACACCUUGUCACCCCCAUGUCUUGUCACCCCACUGCCCUAUAACAGCCCUCCUUGUUAUCGUUUCACUUCCACACCACUGAAUAAACCUAUUAUGUGUGUUAAAUAAAUAUACAGUGAUCAAAACACUGUGUUAAUAAACCUGUUAUGGAAUAUAUACAGGGUUCGUACGGGUCCUGGAAAACCUGGAAAGUCAUGGAAUUUCAAUAUUCCAAAAUCCAGGCCUUGAAAUCCUGGAAAAUCAUACAUAACAUUAACGAAGUAUUUUACUUAUUUCAAUUUACCAGUCAUAACAAUAAUAUGAAUUGUUGUUAUAUAACGGAUUUUUGCAAGAGCGAAGUGAAUUUUGUUCUUUUAUUAUAUCUGUUAUCAUUAGAAUAUUAACGAAUUUCAGAAAUUCCAGACUUCCAGGUCAUGGAUUUUGAAAAAAUGGUCUUGGGAAGUCAUUGAAAAGUCAUGUAAUUUUAAAUGGGAGAAAGUGUACGAACCCUGUAUAUAGCUAUUUUGUAUUCUCUAACUAUUCUUAUUUUAUUUCACAGGUUUUAUUGGCUAGUUGCUACAUUCCAAUUUAUGGUGGGACUAAAGUCCCAAUAUAUAAGGGAGAGGUAUGUACAGUACUAUGUCAUUGUAUGUUAUAGGAGUUUAGAUAAAUUGAAUCAAUAUUAAUUAGUGUGAGGUGGUAGAAAUUACAGUAUAAUUGUAUGUUUUAGGUUUUUUAUAACCUUGUGGUAGUUGCUGAUAGAUGGGAAGAUGCAUUAUGUGAUGUUUGAUACAAAUUUAACCCAUUGAGUAUCAGCACUCUCCCCUUGACAAGUAAAAUUGUCUGGCACAGAGUAAAAUAAUAAAAUAGGGUACAUUGGGGUGCAAUGCAACUUAAUGGUUAACUUGACACAUGGCAGAUAUAGCCAGAUUAACUAGACACAUCCAGGCAGAUAGCCUGAUUAACCCAUUCAGUGCCAGCACUCUGCUCUUGAUGAGUAAAAUCGUCUGGCAUUAGACAGAAUAAAUUAAUAAAAUAAUAAAUAGGACGCAUUGUGGCGCGCAACGCAACUUAUUAAUGGUUUAAUUUAAAACCAAUUUGGCAAUUUCACAAGUAUUCAUCAAGUUUUCAUUGCUUUGUGCUAACAAAAAUGCAUCUUUGCAAGAUGUUAAUGUAUAUUUAUAAUGUUUAUUACUUAAUUAAUGGUUUCAUAAUUCACAUCAAAUGCUGUCAGGAAUAGUGUAAUGAAGUGUAAUGAAGAAUACACAGUACACAACUUCUGCAGAGCUUCGCUAGUAUAUUGCUUUUGGGCAAAAUAGCAAUCGGGGAUACUGUACUCGGAAAACGUCAAUUUAUUUUUCACAUUUUAGAGUCUUAAUUGGCUAUGGCUAUACAGGACCUACUGUACAACAAUUAAGACUAAUUAAGAUCAUUAUUAGUGAGCUUAAGCAAGCGACGUUUUAGUCAACACGAACGUCACCUGAAAAUUGCUGUAACAAAUUUUACGGCAUUUUGCAUCAUAGCGCUCAUGUAAUAAAGCAAAAAACUUUAAAAGUCUUAUGUUUUCUCAUAUCGGUUGAAGAUUAUCAGUUACCACAGACUGACACAAACACAGGUCCCCGGUCUACAGUCCCCCUCGGAAAUCUGAUCGCCGUCCGUGUUGACAAAACACAUGUGACGGUGCCGGGGGGGGGGGGUCCAAAUCUACUGGGGGGUCCAAAUCCGCUGAGACACCGGACGAAUUUGGAACCGGGCUAAGGGAACUGAUAGUGGGCCUGCAACCAUCGCCCGGUAUUUUGUAAUACGCCCCUUUUCAUAACACGCCCCAUUCGCGCGUCAAUUGUCAAAGAAGAACCAAUGACAGCAUCCAAAUAUUAACAAACAAACUCGCAUUAAAAUGUUGCGGGGUUUUCUCUGCUUAUUCAGAACACUAAUAAACAAUGUGUAAAUGGCUGCGUUUUAACUCCAAAAAAGCAAGCAACGCAGUCAGUAAUUGCCAAAUUUGCAAGUGCUCAUUUUCAACUAAAGUCGGAACAGGCAAAUUAGGACGAAUUUCAACAGAAAACCAGUCUCAAACUUCAAAUCAUGAGGGAAGUCGUGCGACCACAUUAGGAUUUAUAUUAUGUGUGCUUCGCUGUCGCCAUUAGCAUUGUUAUAAAUAAAUUGUCUCACUUAUCAGAUCGUGUGUGCAAUUCUUGUUGGCGGCGGAAAGUACGAAAUUUAUUUCAUUUAUUUCAUUUGGUAAAGAACUCUACAAAAGAAGAGAGCGUUCCGAGUCCAGAUCGUUUCGUUUCAAACUGCAAUUUAAUACCGCCUUCUGUUUCGCUCUCUCAGCGAAGCCUUGUAAAUCGCAAAGUGUUUCGAAUAGGCUUACAGUCCUUACAUGCAACUGCAUCUCAACAUCAACCAAAAGAUAAUUUUCUUGAGGAAGUGAGAACACAUAACGUAUCAACUGAAGUCUGUUUGAAAUUAAUGAAACUCAAGUAAAGGUUACUAUAGUUUACCCCAGUCGUAAUUUGCUAUUCCAACACCUCACGACAAGCAAUCCCCAUUGGCAUAACGGCAAAAACAUGUCUUCCUUCAAGUAAACAAUAAACAGUCUGUUCUUGUUCCAUUUGUAAUCGAAAAGUAAUCAAUUUUCAAAUUUUAAGCUUAUCGAGAGCCUUUGUCUAUGCCUUUGUCUAUGCCACUGUUCCCUUGGGCCUGCACGCUAGGUUAAUUAAUUACCGAUCGCCUCAGCUAGCCAAUGGGAAUUUAGCCGGCGGUUCGGCCGGCGAAAAUCGAAAACAUGGGGUGAUGGUUGCAGGCCCACUAUCAGUUCCCUUGGGCCUACACGCAGGCUAGAUGAAUUUGAGAGCCCCUAACAGAACGAAUUCGCGUGUAAACAGGAGGAAAAAGAACGAAUUUCAGACCGGUCCCAAAUUCGUCCGGUACCGUGUAAAUGGGGUCUGAGCUCCCUAUUAUUACGACUCUUUGGUACAAGACAAGUUUUUGUACUGUACGUCUGAUAUUGUUGAAACGUUUAUAAGUAUUUUCUCUAUAUUAAAAAGCGCGUGAGUCAUUUUUAACACUGAGCGCCUCAACAUUUCUUUUAAUAAUCAAAUAGCAUUGCUAAAUUAAGUACGGUUUUAAUGAAAUCCGCUGACCGCGUACUGUGGAAACGGAUACCCGCGAAGACACCAACACUCAAUAGCGACCACAUUUUAUAAAAUUAGCAAAAACACUACGCAAAAAAGCGCCUUAAAGUUUAUUAUUAACUUUUCGUCCAUUUUUAGGAGCUGCCUCGCUGCGUCGAUUCUGGACAGACCGACUGACUAGAAACAGAAUAUUUUUUCUUAUAGCUAAUGAACAGUGCAUACAUGUGUAAACAGUUUUUUGACAAUUCUUCACAGCUUGUGUUGCAAGUUAGUUGCACCAAUUUUGUUGCACGUAAUACUGUACUUUCCCAUAGAUGCACAUACAUUCACAUUUACUAAAUUUAAGGUUUCAGAUGGAAAAAAUUUCGAACUUCUAUGACCUCACUGUCUUUUUGUCGAAGAAACUCAUCCAUCAUAUUUAUUUUUGCCCUUCAUAAAAUAUUUUAUCCUGAAAAAAAUUCUUUGAUAAAUAAUUAUUUUAACUUUAGUCGACAAUUAACAAUUUCUGAGGUACUUGCAGGCACGGUAUUUAAUUUAUUUCAAUAAAUUGCAAAAAUCGGAAUUUUUUCAUGUAUAUUUAUUUAUUUUAAUGGUAUAUUUGGUACACUAUAUUAUUAAAUAACAUGUAUAUAACGCAUGCUCUGAUUGGUCCAAACCCGUGUUUGGAUCAGGCUAUCCAAAAACGGAAAUUUAUAGUGAAAGUUUUUUAAAGUGGAAUUUUAACACGGAAAGUUGUUAUUUUAUAAAACAAUUACUUUAUGGUUUCCGUUCAGUUUGGAUGGCCUGAUUUAAGCGCGCAAAAUCACUCGCCUUCGGCUCGUGUUUCGCGCGCUUUUCUUAACUCUCGCAACAUUCCCGCGUGUUUGGAUUAGGUCAUCCAAACACGGAAACCAUAAAGUAACUGUAUAGUGUUUAAUGUAGUCUUUACAAAAUCAUCCCUAUAUCCGAGCUUACCACGUAUGCGCUGCAUGGUCCACUGAUACUGUAUCAAUCCGUUGCAUGGUGCAUGGAUACUGUAUUAAUCCAUUUCUAAUGCAUUUUUUCACAGAAAUUGUUUGAUGGUGGAUUCUCCGACAACCUACCUGUAUUUGAAACAGGGAAAACAAUCCGUGUUUCACCAUUCUGUGGAGAUUUCGAUAUAUGCCCGGAAGAUAAACACUCCUACAAGCUUUUUACUGCAGAACUUGUUAAGAACAUGAAUGUCGUAGUUAACUUCCAAAACAUGGAACGUGGUUUUCAAGCGUUAUUUCCACCGUCAAAAAAUGAUCUACAGAAGAUUUACAAGCACGGAUAUAACGAUGCGUUGAAAUUUCUUGGUAUAUUUGUUUCUAAAUAGUCAACAAUUGUAAACUGUAAAGUAAAGUCUUCGGAUAGGUCUGCACAAGCAACAACCAUGUUUUAUUUUCAAACAAAAUUCCUAUAAGGAGGUGGAAAAGUGACGUAAAACGAUGCUUAAUGAUCCAAGCCCGUUACUAAUAAAGACAAAGAACCGGAAAAUAAAUUAAACACGCCAAAUUAUUGAGGAAAAUGGAUUCAGGUGAAGUGAACCAAUUGUAUAUUAUACUCCUUAAAAACUCUGGAUCAACCCUCUGGAUCAUUAAUUCUCGAUCACCGGUCAUUAAUUAUAGGGGGGGGGAGGGCUGGUGCAAAUGAAAUAUACCAUGCUCAUUUUUUUCUGACCCUCCCCCCAAAGUGAUGCGCACUUUUGUCCGAAACCCCCCCCCCGCCAGCGUUUUUAUGGUUCGUACCUUAUAAUUUAAAUCGUCAUUUUUUGGUGUAAAAUAAGUAAUGGACAUGGACAAAUAUACUGGUGUAAGACAUUGUGUAGCCUAAAUAAUUAGAGGACAUGUUUUCAAAAUGGUUGUUAUUUAAGGCACUGUUACACUAUGCAAUUUGUCUCGCAAUUUUGUUGCAACACAAGUUGCACAUCCCUCUUGCAACUAGUCUCGCAAUGUUUAUACAAUGAGUGGUUUCCUAUUGACUUUUGACUGACAAUAUGGCACCAAACGUUAACACUCACAUGGAACAUAUUGCUUGGUGUAACAUCCCUUGCAAUGUAAUCCUGAAAUCGUUUUUCUUAACAUUGCAAGACAAGUUCCGAAACAAGUUGCUUAGUGUAACAGCGCCUUUACUCCGACUCCUAUGGUAAACAUAUACGUAAAUAAACUAUGGAAACUACGAUUUAUAUAGGAACUAAAAGAGGUGAAAUAUUUUGUGGGCUACGAUAAAGACGAGAGAUUGAAAAUGAGUAGGAAAGGCAACCCUGAAUACGUUUCAACCUAACAGUCUUCCGCAGGGUUUUUUUAAGGGGGGUGUAAGCAGAAUUUGCAGAGGAGAAGGAAGGAGAGUUUAGGAGUUUGGAUAAUAAUGUGAGGCCAAGAGAAAAACAAAUUAUUACGAAGUUAUUGAAAAUAGCCAAUUACACAGCAACAAAAAUGAAAGAUGGAAAGAUAGUGAAAACGAUAUAACUACAUAAACUGCUACAUGUAUUAGUUAAGUUAUCCUACCAAAGGUCUUGUUGGUGCGAGACAUUCCAACAUCACGUAUUUUAUUGUUUUGAAAUAGAG